AUGUAAUAACAACAAUUCAUACAAAAUUUUUUGAAGAUUAGUAAAUUUAAAAAUAUAAUUAGAUUCUUAGAUCAUAAUUAUCUAUCUAAAUAUGUAAUCUCUUUAUAAUGGACAAUAUAUUAGAUUACUAAUAGUGGUAAUACUAUUGAAAUAGAAGAUUGUUCUUAAUAGUCAAUAUAAUUAUAGAUCUUAUCUAUUGUAACAACUAUUUUUGGUUAUAUUAUUACUAUUUAUUUAAUAACAAAUGUAAUUAAUUUUGGGAAAUCAUCAGAUAAAUAUAAAAUUAGUGCUGAAUUGAAUGAAAAUGUAUAAAGAUAUCUACAUAGAGAUAAAAUUGAAUCAAUUAAUAUUGAAGAAUUUUAAUAAGAAUUAUAAUAAGAAUUAAGAGAAGAACUCUUUAUGCCAUUAUUAUAUAAAUUACCAUUUUCUAAAUAAUUUCUAUAAAAUUUAUGUUAAAAACUUAAAAGUGCUGUUUAUUCAAAUGGUACAAUUUUGUAAUUUUAAAAUUAAAUGAUGGAUAGAUUAUUAUUUUUAAUGAAAGGGAAUGUAGCUUAAUGUAUAGGUAAUAAAAUUUUAAUUCAUAAUUAAAUACCAAUUUAAUAUUUCUAUUGUUAAAUUUAAUGUCCAAUUUAAUUAAAAUGUUUGAGUGAAUCUUUAAUAGCAUAUAUAGAUUUAAAUGAUUUUUUACAAUUAAUUAAAUUACAUAAUUCUGAUUUUUAAAAAUAUUGUAUGUUGAAAGACAAUUAUAAGAUUGCUUGUCAUUGUUGUGGUUAUAGAAAUCAUACUUUUCAUUAAUGUAAUCAUGUAUUUUAUGUACCAAAUUUUAAAGAACUUAUACUUUUACAUAAUACUUCAGAACCUAAUAAUAGAAUGAAUUUUUAUAGAGAUAAUGGUAGAAAUAGAAUUAAUUCUCUAAUGAAUAAAAAUCUUAUAUGUAUUACAGCUAUUAGUUUUGCUAUAAUAAAUUAAAUAGCUUUAGAAGUUGAUUUAACAAAUGAAGUAAUGGGAAGAUUUCAAGGAACCAUAAGUAAUUUUGAAGAUUCUAUAUUGAAUGAUUAUCAAGAAGAAAGAUCUUCUCGUUAAUCUUUAUAAUAAAGACUUGGAACUUUUGAUGUUCCUAAAAGUUAUAAUUAGGGAGAUACUUUUAGUAGUCAAACUUAUUUUUAAAAUAGCAUUCCAGUUUUGAAAGUAGAAGAGAGGGAAGCAUCUUAGAAUAGUAGAAGAUAUAUUCAUAAACAUAUUGAUUAUAGUGCAACAAAUAAUUCUAUAAAGGCAAAUUUAGUUAAGUCAUCUAAUUCAAAUGAAUUAUAAGUGAAAAGAAGUUAGAAGAUUAAAUAAUCAAAUUCAAGUUGUUCUUUAAACAAGAAAUCAGGAUUGGGAGGUUCAGGAAUAUCUUAAUUAGGUUCAAUAAUUCCAUAAUAAGAAGUUUAUGAGGACGAUUUAGAUUAAGUGUGCAAUUAUGAAUAUUAUUAUCCUUCAUAUAAUAUCGAAUAUAUAGCAAAUGCUUUAAAUCAUAAAUUAAUGAGCAAAUACAUACAGUUUGUCAAUUGA